UGGAGUUUAAGAAAUGUUGAUAGAGCAUAUCCGCUAUAUUGCUCACUAGGUGUUAGUGAUGUGAUUGGGUUUUAUCCACAGGCAGUAACUAGAAUGAUAAUAACCACUACUCUCCGACCACUAAGCUUCCCUCCAAGGUUGUGCAUUCUGAGCAAGAAGAAGGAGAAGAGCGACAACAAAAGUAGAACCAGGAAACUGAGCAAGUGGCAAACAGAGACCAACCAUAACAUCUUUUCCUUCCCAAAAUCCAAAUCAACCCCACUUCUCAUCAAUCACCAACCCAGUCCCCAAACAAAAUCUCAAGCACUUGAACAAGUCCUCAACGACCUCGAAGCUUCCCUUGAGAAGGGCAUCACUAUUGAACCCGAAAUCUAUGCUUCUCUCUUAGAAACAUGCUACCGUUUUCAAUCCAUUCACCACGGCAUCCGACUUCACCGCCUUAUCCCAACCACCCUUUUGCACAGAAAUGUUGGUAUAUCCUCCAAGCUUCUUAGAUUAUACGCUUCUUUUGGUUACAUGGAUGAGGCACACGACCUGUUUGAUCAAAUGCCUAAGAGAGAUGAAUAUGCAUUUCCAUGGAAUUCACUCAUUUCGGGGUAUGCUCAAGCUGGCCUCUAUCAUGAUGCCAUAGCACUCUACUUCCAAAUGGUGGAAGAGGGUGUUGAACCCGACGUGUUUACAUUUCCUCGGGUUCUCAAGGCGUGCGGAGGAAUUCGUUCUGUCGAAGUUGGGGAAGAGGUGCAUCGUCACGUGGUUCGUUCUGGUUUUGCCAGUGAUAGGUUUGUCCUCAAUGCACUCCUUGAUAUGUAUUCUAAGUGUGGUGAUAUUGUGAUGGCUCGCAAGAUUUUUGAAAAGAUGCCCAAUAAAGAUUCUAUUUCGUGGAAUUCAAUGCUUGCAGCUUAUAUUCAUCAUGGCCUUGAGGUUGAUGCAAUCAACACUUUCCACAGAAUGCUUUUGAAAGGUUAUGAGCCUGAUUCUGUUUCCAUAUCGAAAAUUCUUACUGGUGUGUCAUCAUUGAUUCUUGGGGCCCAAAUUCAUGGAUGGGUGAUCCGGCGUGGGAUUGAGUGGAACUUGUCAGUUGCUAAUUCCUUGAUCAGAGUGUACUCCAAUCAUGGCAAGUUAGAUAAAGCACGUUGGAUAUUCAACGUGAUGCCAGAGAAGGAUGUUGUGUCAUGGAACACUAUAAUCUCUGCUCAUUGCAAACGAAGAGAGGCUCUAGAUUAUUUUAAUCAAAUGGAGCUUGCUGGAGUAAAACCUGAUAAAGUAACAUUUGUUUCAUUAUUAUCAGCUUGUGCUUAUUUGGGUUUGGUGAAGGAUGGAGAGAGGUUGUUUGCUUUGAUGUGUGAAAAAUAUAAAAUAGAACCAAUUAUGGAACAUUAUGGUUGUAUGGUUAAUCUUUGUGGAAGAGUAGGAAUGAUUGAAAAGGCUUAUAGCAUCAUAGUGAAUGGAAUGGAUUCGGAGAAUGCUAGUCCAACUCUCUGGGGAGCUUUGUUGUAUGCUUGCUUUUUACACGGAGACGUAACAAUAGGAGAGAUUGCUGCAAACAAGCUUUUUGAUUUGGAGCCAGACAAUGAACACAAUUUUGUACUUCUCAUGAAGAUCUACGAAAAGGCAGGCAAAUCAGAGGACAUGGAGAGAGUUAGAUUGAUGAUGGUAGAAAGAGGCCUGGAUUAUUAAAGAAUUAUGCAGCAGAAUUCUAAAACUGAAAAGUGCAAUACGUGCUUUCAAUUCCAUUUUGUCCCCUGCAAAAGUGGUUAUUUUAAGUAAGGAUUCUUUAAUAAUGUAUACUGUACAGCAUCACCACAUAGCUUGCUUGAUAAAACUAUACCUUGGCUUUGUCUGUCUUCAUCUCUAUUAUCAAUUACAAGGGAAAAACAAUGUUUGCUGGGUAGUGUUUGGAAUUUGUU